GGGACCCAGGCAUUGUGCCCAUCCCCCCUGCCAUGUGGGAACUGCGGUCAGCCUCCUUUUGGAGGGCCAUAUUUGCCGAGUUUUUUGCCACCCUCUUCUAUGUCUUCUUUGGGCUGGGGUCCUCACUGCGUUGGGCUCCUGGACCCCUGCACGUCCUGCAGGUAGCCAUGGCCUUUGGCUUGGCCCUGGCUACGCUGGUGCAGUCUGUGGGUCACAUCAGCGGAGCCCAUGUCAAUCCUGCAGUCACUUUUGCCUUCCUUGUGGGCUCCCAGAUGUCCCUGCUCCGUGCCUUCUGCUAUAUGACAGCCCAGCUCCUGGGAGCCGUGGCUGGGGCUGCUGUGCUGUAUAGUGUUACCCCGCCUGCUGUCCGAGGAAACCUAGCACUCAACACGUUGCACCCUGGGGUGAGCGUGGGCCAGGCCACCACGGUGGAGAUCUUCCUGACGCUCCAGUUCGUGCUCUGCAUCUUUGCCACAUAUGACGAGAGGCGGAAUGGCCGCCUGGGCUCCGUGGCCCUGGCCGUUGGCUUCUCCCUCACCUUGGGGCAUCUCUUUGGGAUGUAUUAUACUGGUGCAGGCAUGAAUCCUGCCCGCUCCUUUGCUCCUGCCAUUCUCACCGGGAACUUCACCAACCACUGGGUGUACUGGGUGGGCCCAAUCAUUGGAGGGGGUCUGGGCAGCCUCCUCUACGACUUUCUCCUCUUCCCCCGGCUCAAGAGUAUUUCUGAGAGACUGUCUGUCCUCAAGGGUGCCAAACCCAGUGACUCCAAUGGACAACCAGAGGGCACAGGGGAACCUGUUGAACUGAAGACCCAGGCCCUGUAAAAGCUCCAGCUGGAGAGAGGGAGUAGAAAAGCUUCUGGGUUUAUGUGAAGGGGCUGAGCCAACCCCUGGAUGAAGAAAGAGACUGUGGGGAGGGGCAUGUACUUCUUUAUUUUUUAACUUAUGUGUUUUUUUUUCUUUUUGCCGUGUGAAAUCUUUCAAGUUGCAUUCAUGAGCUGGUUGGUGCAAACUUCCCUUCCUCCCCACCCACCUCCCUUCGCCGUGUGUGCUCGAUCAUGCAUAUGAAUGUGGGUGAGUGUGGCUGUGUCUGAGUUCUGGGGCUUGAGAGCUAGGGAAGGGAAAAGUGGUGUCAUCCUAUACCUCCCUUCCCCAACCCAGUGUGGUGAGCACAAGGAACCAAGCAAGACCUUAAGUUUCUGGUCUUUACCCUCCCUACAGUCAAGUGUAUGGUUCUUGAUUUCUGAGGGAGCAGGGAAAGCAGGGAGUGACUCCUCACAAGAGGCAGAUGGAGAAAAGUGGAGAAAAGGCAUUUCAGAGGUUGGGAGGAGAGACUUGAGGGAGGUGGGUGACUGGGAAAAUGGAGUUAUUAGACCCAGAUCAGGAUGCAAGUAUACCAAAAAGUUUUGAAGAAGUAAUGGAAACAUAAAGCCUAUUAAUCUCAGGGAUGCUUGCCCCAGGGACUUGGGUGGGGAAGUAGCUCUGAGAAAAGUGAACACUGGGAUAUGAGCUGUUAUGUAAAGCCACAUAAACCUGUCUCCAUCCA